UGGGCACCGGGCUGAGGACAAGCAUGGAAACAGUUGUCACUUUUAGCUGUAACUGAUCUUUUGUUGUUUGACCCCCAGCACAGAUCCCUUAAGAUGACUGGCCAAAACCAAGCUACAAGAAGCAUCUUGGAUCUUCUCUGAGAAAACAGAGCUUUGGUGGCAUUUAAAAACAAAAGAGUUGGGGAUUUGGCUCAGUGGUAGAGCGCUUGCCUAGCAAGCACAAGGCCCUGGGUUCGGUCCCCAGCUCCGAAAAACAAACAAACAAAUAAAAACAAAAGAAAGCAAAACAAAAAACCCCAGAGUUUUAAAAAGUGAUGUCUUGAAGAAAGUUGGAACAUAUCUGUGGAAAAGUUUUGCUCCAAAUCUCAUCUGAAAACUAGUGACCCAAAAGACAUGACUAGUGUUUGUCCCCAGGCCUCUCACAAGUCAUCUUUCCUCUUAAAGAGAAAAGAAAUCUUCUGCAAAACUUUGAUCUUGACCCCUGACUUCUACUGCUCAGUCAUGAGACACUGAGGUGAUCAAAAGGCCAGAGGAAAAGCAAACUAGAUGAGACUCCCCAGAACCACUAUCCAGCACUCACAGCUAUCGUGUUGAGCAGGUUGGAUUCAGACAAUAACAAUCUAGGAGUUCACUCCAUUCAUGGGGUCAGCAAUGAGCCUACUGUUGUCAAAUGUAGAACCAUAAAGAUACAACUCUAUAUGUGUACAAAUCUGCAAAUUAGUUUUCUUUAAACUGUAGUGUAAUUCCAGGGAUUAACAGUAGGUGGCAGUAAAGAGUCCUUUCUGUCUGUGCAGAAAACAGUUACCAAUUAAGUGUGGGAGGAAGUAGGUGCUUGAACUUCUUACUGCUCUGUCGGACAGGCAGGUUGUCUUGUGAAAUGUUCAGGAAGACCCAACAUGCUGUGACCCACAUACACUCGAGUGUGUUUACCAAGAGUCCAUGAGUUGGAAUGUGAUACCUUCUUUGAGGCGCAGAGAGCGGAAGCUCAGUCUAUCUAUGCAUUUGGAGGUGGUCCUUCGAGAGGAAACUAGGGUAGGGCUCCAUCAGAUCAUCAGAGUAGAAGCCCACGAAUAAAUGCUGGAAGCUUAAUUGAAGCAGGGUGCGACCGGAAUGCACACAGAUGUCCCCAUCUCUGGCCAUGUGCUGCCAUGCGGUUCUUCUAUCAAGGUCAUCACAGGAUGUGACUGACCCCUUGACUGUGGAGCAGAGCUCAGGACUGACUACUGCCUCAUUGAAGUCUGAGCUUGACUUUGGGGAAAAUCUCUGAUUUAGUCGCACUCGGUGGCAACAACUAGGCUUAUAUCCAUCUGGAGAUGCUCUGAUGAAUAGCAGCAGCCUCAAGCAUGUCUAUUGCCACACAAUGACUAAAACACAGUCCACCAUCUUCUAUUGUAUUGUUGUCUUAGGGCUGAUACUUAUCAAAAUCCAGUUAUCUGAGGAAAGUGAGUUGAUCAUUAAGAGGCCAAAUGCAAACCUUACCAGAGUGCCCAAGGACCUACCCUUGCAAACAACUACUUUAGAUGUAUCACAAAACAAUAUAUCUGAGCUUCAGACUUCUGACAUACUCUUGUUGUCCAAACUGAGGGUCUUCAUUAUGUCCUACAACAGACUCCAGUAUCUUAAUAUCAGUGUUUUCAAAUUCAACACGGAACUGGAAUAUUUGGAUUUGUCCCACAAUGAGUUAAGGCUGAUCUCUUGCCACGCAACAGCCGACCUCAAACAUUUAGACCUCUCCUUUAAUGCAUUUGAUGCCCUGCCCAUAUGCAAAGAGUUUGGCAACCUGUCCCAACUACAGUUUCUGGGAUUGAGCGGUUCUCAGAUACAAAAUUCAAGUGUGCAGCUGAUUGCUCAUCUGAACAUCAGUAAGGUUUUGCUGGUGUUAGGAGACACUUAUGGGGAAAAAGAAGAUCCCAAGUGUCUUCAGCACAUUAGCACUGAGACUCUGCAUAUCGUUUUCCCUUCCAAAAGAGAAUUCCAUUUUCUUCUGGACAUGUCUGUCAGCACGGCCAUCAGUUUGGAACUGUCUAACAUCAAGUGUGUGCUUGAGGACAAGAACUGCUCUUACUUCCUAGGUACCUUAGAAAGACUUAGAAAGACUCAGAGGCUCUCAAAUCUUACCCUGAACAACGUGGACACAACAUGGAAUUCCUUCAUUAACAUCCUUCAGCUGGUUUGGCAUACACCAGUCAAGUCUUUCUCAAUUUCAAACGUGAAACUAAAAGGUCAUUUUAACUUCAGAAGAUUCCAUUAUUCUGACACUUCUCUGAGGGCUUUGUCGAUACAUCAAGUUGUCACUGAUGUGUUCAGCUUCCCCCAAAGUAACAUAUACAGCAUCUUCUCCAAUAUGAACAUCCAAAGUUUUACAGUAUCUGGAACACGCAUGGUCCACAUGCUUUGCCCAGACCAAAUUAGCCCAUUUCUGUAUUUGGACUUUACAGAUAACCUUUUAACAGACAUAGUUUUUGAAGACUGUAGAAAUUUAAUUAGAUUGAAAACACUUAGUUUACAAAAGAAUCAGUUAAAAACACUUGAAAAUAUAAUUCUUAUGUCUAUGGAGAUGACAUCCCUACAAAAACUAGACAUUAGCCAGAAUUCUCUAAGGUACAGUGAUGCGGGAAGCCCAUGCUCCUGGACCCAGAGUUUGUUAGUUUUAAAUUUGUCUUCAAACAUGCUUACGGACUCUGUCUUCAGGUGCUUACCUCCCAAGGUCAAGGUCCUUGACCUUCACAACAACAGGAUAGUGAGCAUCUCUAAAGAUGUCACCCACCUGCAAGCUUUGCAGGAACUCAAUGUCGCAUCCAAUUUUUUAACUGACCUUCCUGGAUGUGGAGCCUUCAGUAGCCUUUCUGUGCUGGUCAUCGACCAUAACUCAGUUUCCCACCCCUCCUCUGAUUUCUUCCAGAGCUGUCAGAAUAUCAGGUCCAUAACAGCGGGGAACAACCCAUUCCGAUGCACAUGUGAGCUGAGGGAGUUUGUCAAAAACAUAGGUCAGGCAUCAAGAGAAGUGGUGGAGGGCUGGCCUGACUCUUACAGGUGUGAUUACCCAGACAGCAUUAAGGGAACCCCACUGCAGGACUUCCACAUGUCUCCACUGUCCUGCGAUACAAUUCUACUGACUGUCACCAUUGGGGCCACUCUGCUGCUGCUGGCUGCCAUUGGGGCUUCCCUCUGUCUCUACUUUGAUCUGCCCUGGUAUCUCAGGAUGCUAUGGCAGUGGACACAGACCAGGCACAGGGCCCGGAACAUCCCCUUAGAGGAACUGCAGAGGAACCUCCAGUUCCAUGCUUUUGUCUCAUACAGUGGGCAUGAUUCUGCCUGGGUGAAGAAUGAAUUACUACCAAACCUAGAGAAAGAUGACAUUCGGGUUUGCCUCCAUGAGAGAAACUUUGUCCCUGGCAAGAGCAUUGUGGAGAACAUCAUACACUUCAUUGAGAAGAGUUACAAGUCCAUCUUUGUGCUGUCUCCCCACUUCAUCCAGAGUGAGUGGUGCCAUUAUGAACUCUACUUUGCCCAUCACAAUCUCUUCCACGAAGGGUCUGAUAACUUAAUCCUGAUCUUGCUGGAACCAAUUCCACAGUACUCCAUCCCUACCAAUUACCACAAGCUCAAAACUCUCAUGGCACGGAGGACCUAUUUGGAAUGGCCCACAGAAAAGAGCAAGCAUGGACUCUUUUGGGCAAAUCUAAGAGCAUCCAUUAAUGUUAAGCUGGUCAACCAGGCAGAAGCAACAUGUUACACACAGCAAUAAGAAUACCCACCUCAUCAGGAAGCUGCUUUGGGGAGCAACAACACUGGGGAGUUCUGGUAAUGGUACCAUUCACAUCAGCAAGAAGCAAAAGAUGUUUCUGUCUUUAUGAUGUGGGAAUUCGUGCUUUUUAGCCCGACUGUGCCACUAGUGUUUGCUAAUAAAAAGUAGCGGGGUACUAUAA